AUGCCUAAGAAUGUAAGUGAUUUAAUUAGUUCAGAUGGAUACCGGGACAUGAAUAUUAUCUGCAAGUAUACUGAUAGCUCUUUUGAUAAUGCUAUUAACUAUGUAGCUAUAAAUCUUAGCAUGCAUGAUAGAAUCAGAUGGAAGUCCACUAUCUCAGGAAAUUUAACUACUAAAUCUGCUUACAACUAUCUGACUAAUCUUAAGAUUGAUAAGAAUGAAGCUAACUUUUGGAAGAAAAUUUGGAGUCUAAAUGUUCUGCCUAAAGUUAAUAUGUUUUAUUGGAAAGUUGUUUCAAAUACUCUAGCCAUAGGGAGGAAUAUGUCUAAAUAUGUUAAAGAAACAAACCCAUACUGCCUGCUUUGUGAUGCGAAUGAUGUUGAAGAUGAAAUGCACUUGUUUGUAAAUUGUUUGUUUACAAGAAAGGUAUGGAAUGCUUUUGAUCUUAAUAGCAUUUAUAAUUAUGGAGGAAAUCAGGACAUUAUGCAUUGGUUUACAUUUUGGUUGAACAAUAAAGCUUUCAAUGACAAGCAUAAUUUAGUUUCGUUCAUUAUCUGGUCCAUCUGGAAAUUUAUAAAUAGUAUGAAUUUUGAUAAUCUUGUGCCUGAUGUGCAAAAAUUAAUUGAUUUAGUAAAAGCUUCCCACCAGAAGUUAACUUUAUCAAGGGACAGUCAUACCAGUCAUGUUUCUAUUAAUACAAAGAAACAAUGCAAUGAUAAUCACAUACAAGACAGAUGUUCAUUUGACUGGUUUAUAUAUUUUGAUGCUUCUUUCCUUGAAGCUGGUUUUACUAUGGGUUAA